CGCUUCUAGGGUUUCAUUUUGAUCCGUCAGCACGCCGCAGAGCGCUCUCUUUCUCGUUUCAGCGCCUUCUGAUGGCCGUGUUUUAAUUGAAAGGCUUGAUAUUUGAUUAAAUAAAAAAAAAAAGAAAAUUCAAUAAAUAAAUGGAAAACGCAGAUUCUGAUGAACCAGACAAGAAGAGGCCUCACUUGACUUCCCUGCUCUCCCCUUCCAUGGCUCGCAACUCCACUUCUCCUCCCACCAACAAAACUGUUGAUGUGGCAGUUCUCCAGGAGCAGAAUCAAAAGCUUGUUCAGCAAUUAGACAUUCAGAAGCAUGAAUUACAUGAUCUUGAAGCUAAGAUUCAAGAAUUAACAGACAAACAAACUUCAUAUAAUGACGUGCUGAUCCUGGUGAAUCAACUAUGGAAUCAGUUGGUUGAUGAUUUGGUUUUGCUUGGAGUCCUAGCUGGGGGAGGUCAAGAUGGUUUGGAAACCUUGAACCAUUCCGGCUAUUCUGGGGGUUCAAUUCCAUCAUGCCCAGCAGAGGAGAUGUUUCUUUGUCGACUGCUAGGGACAGAUUCUAUUCAAAGCGGUGGAAAUAAUGGAAUUGUUGGAUAUGUUGAAGAAGCCCUUUCUUCACGUCACUCAUCUACUAUGAAGUUGAUGAAAAUUUUGGAAGAUACUAUUGAUGCUCAGAGGGUGAAAACUGAGAGCAUAGCUCAGGCCUUGCUUGGAAACCUAUCCACAGAAGAUAGCAUAAUUCAAUUCACAAGAAUUGAUGAUAUGAUGAAGGAGGAAGCUAAGAAUCUACAUGAGGUGAUUGAUGUUCUCCACUUGAAGCAUAAAGAAUAUACUGAUGAGAUACAGACUUCUAUUAGCAGCAAUUCAGUGGAUCAGUCUGAGAUUAAACGCCUUGCAGGUGAGCUAGAAGAGAUCAUGGCUGAACUUGAAGAAAGCAGAAGAAAGUUGGUCAAUCUGAAAAUGCAAAAGGAUGCAGCAGCUAGGGUGCAUACUCCAGCAUCAAGUGCAGUAAAUGGAAGCUUGACACCUGAAAAGCCUGCAGAGAAGUCUAAAGGUUUGAGAGAGUUGAAGGAUUCUAUUGAGGAAGCAAAGAUACUAGUAGCUGACCGUCUUUCUGAGUUUAAAGAAGCCCAAGAUGAAAAUCACAUCUUAACAAAAGAAUCGGAAAAACUUCAGGAUGAAUUGAAGGAUGACAAGUAUAUACAUUCAUCUCGUCUGUACAAUUUGGUAAAUGAUCAGCUCCAACAUUGGCAUGCUGAGGCAGAGCGAUACAAAUCAUUGACAGAUUCUUUGCAGGCCGACAGGUCUCUUGUUGUAAGAAGGGAGAAGGAAGUGAAUGCAAAAGUAGAGUCAGCAGAUUCUGCAAGAAAUAUUGUUGGUACUGCUGAACCUAGAAUUGAAGAGCUUGAACUUCAGCUGCAGAAGUGUAUUCUUGAGAAAAAUGACCUUGAGAUUAAAAUGGAAGAAACUAUGCAGGAUUCAGGGAGAAAAGAUAUUAAAGCAGAGUUCCGUGUAAUGGCUGCCGCUUUGUCUAAGGAAAUGGGCAUGAUGGAAUCACAGUUGAAUCGGUGGAAGCAGACUGCUCAUGAAGCACUUACUUUGCGUGAAGAAUCCCAAUCACUAAGAGUCUUGUUAAGUGAAAAGACAAAUGAACAAAAAUGCUUAACAAGCAAAUGUGCUGAACAGAUGUCACAAAUCAAAUCUCUGAAGACUCUGAUUGAGAAGUUGCAGAAGGAAAAACUUGAACUGCAAAUAAUCUUGGACAUGUAUGGACAGGAAGGUUAUGAUACCAGAGAUAUGCUAGAAAUAAAAGAAUCUGAACGUAAGGCACACUCACAAGCUGAAGUCCUCAGGAGUGCUCUGGAUGAACAUAGUCUGGAGUUGAGAGUCAAAGCUGCUAAUGAGGCUGAGGCUGCCUGCCAACAAAGGCUUUCUACUGCUGAAGCUGAGAUAGUGGAACUAAGGGCCAAACUUGAUACUUCUGAACGAGAUGUAUGGGAGCUCACAGAAGCUAUUAAAAGUAAAGAUAGGGAGGCUGAGGCAUAUAUCUCUGAAAUUGAGACCAUUGGUCAAGCAUAUGAAGAUAUGCAAACACAAAACCAACAUCUUCUGCAACAAGUGACAGAGAGGGAUGAUUACAAUAUCAAGCUUGUUUCCGAGAGCGUGAAGACAAAGCAGGCACAGAGCGCUCUACUUUCUGAGAAGCAAGCCCUAUCAAAGCAACUUCAACAAGUUAAUGCAUCAGUGGAAUAUUUAAAAAUGAGAAUUGCCCAGAGUGAGGACCAGAUGAAAGUUUGUCUGGCAGAGGCAAUUAGAUCUACCGAAGAAGACAGACAUGUUGCUGUCAACCUUGAAACUGCACGGUGGGAAUUGAUGGACGCUGAGAAGGAGUUGAAAUGGCUAAAAUAUGCUGGUUCUUCUUCUGAGAAGGAGUAUGAGCAAAUCCAGAAGAAGAUAGAUGAAGUUCAAACUGAAUUACACAAUGAAAGAAGUGAAAGGAAGAAACUCGAGGAAGAGCUCAAGGAGUUGAAUGAUAAGAUUGCUGAGAUGAGUUCUGAAAGUGGUGAAGCUGCUAUACAACGACUCCAGGAAGAGUUAAAAGAGUGCAAAAGUAUGCUCAAGUGCAGCGUGUGUUCUGACCGGCCAAAGGAGGUGGUAAUAGUGAAAUGCUAUCAUUUGUUCUGCAAUCCAUGUAUCCAGAGGAACUUAGAGAUUCGCCAUCGGAAAUGCCCUGGAUGCGGAACUGCAUUUGGUCAGAGUGAUGUUAGGUUUGUUAAGAUAUGAAUAAGCUUCUUCAUUUUGUAGCUGUAGCUUAUUCUUAUGUAAUUAUUUGACCAAUCAUGUUUCUGUACAUAUAGAAAUAUAUAGUAAAAAAAAAAAGAAUGAAUUGCAAUUUCUUCAA